AUGACUCUCGCACAAUACCAGCAGAUCUUGGCCGAUGGCCGCAUUGAGGUUUUAGCUGAACAGAACCGAAGGGGUAUUGUCCCUCCAGCUCCAGCCGUUUUGGGGCAACAUGUGUGGGUCCUCGCAGAAAGUGUUCCUGGUCAUCCUAUUGGGGAGCAAGUUGUGCCACCUGUUGGGCAUGCACGUGAAGGAGAUUAUGGGCUGAUGGUUUUUGCUGACAAUGAAGGUAAUAGUAGACCUGUUUUGAUUAGGCAAUUGGCGAUCGAGAACAUUCCAGCUUUUUGCGAAGAGCGGAUUGGUUUGGCACGGAGUUCUGAAGCAUUGGAGGGAAGUGACAAGUUUGCAUCAGAAGAUGUUCGUACUUUAGAAGUCAGAUAUGCAGCUUCUGGUGAGAGACAGCGCAAUUUCAAGGAGACCAUUGCGGAGAUGGUACAGGCUGAUUUUGAUGAUUUCCCCCUAGAGCCUAGGACGUCACUGUCCUAUUUGAGGGCAGUCUCCAGUGUGGCGGAGUCAGCCUUUGGCCAGCACCUGGGAUGGGUCUCCCAGUCCAAGAUUCCUGAUGGUGACAGGGCCAUCCAUGAGAAUGAGGUCUUGUCUAGGGCUUUGGACUUGGCGAUCACCUAUGAUUCCCUUAAUGUUUCAAACCUGACUAGUUUCGAGUUGCUGAUUCGGAGAAAGCAACUGUUAGCUGAAGCUCAUGCUUACAAUCCAUCGGCACCAUCAUAUGAAGGAGCAGAUCAUUUCUUGGGUACAUCGUAUAGACCCGGUGGAGCGAUCGUCGUCCCAGAGCUCACAGAACAUGUCUCACGCAAGCUGCAUCAGGAGUCACAGAUCUUAAAGGAGAAACGCAAGCAGGCUGAGAUGAAGGGCAAAGGCCCUGGGCGCGGUGGCAAACCAAGUGGCCCUCAAGCCAAGGCCAAACCAGGCCACGGUUUUUCGGGGAGCCUAGCAAUGGUGAGACAGUGGCGCAGUCGGAUUUUUCAUGAACCCUGCAGUGAUGGUAGGGCACGUGAUGUGCUUCCCUUACCGCUGUUAGAGGAUGUGGCGUCAGUGCAGGGUGACGUGUGUCGGGCGGUGCGAAGACGGAUCCUCCGUAAGUCCGCUGUUGUUAAGAUGGUGAACCGGGCCAUUUUUUCUCUGAAUUCGCUUUACAUGGGGAGGCAUUGGGAUGAAGGGAGAUGCAUUGCAAAGCUAGCAGAGCUUCCUUUGUCUCAGCAAGAGUGCAUUCGCGAUCUGAUCCGGAGAGUUGAUGCAUUUGGACCUAUGCCUUCUGGUGCAAGUCGCCGAGGAGCCCUUGAGGCGCUCCGGGCACCAUGCAAUGGGUAUUCCGAACCCAUUGCAGGAGUGGGAGAGGUGGCUAACAUGAAUUUGGAGCUACUAUCACUCCCUUCUGGUAGGGUCGCUGGUGUCAAUCUUUCAUCUGCCUUGGAACAACCCCUUAAGGAUAUGGUUGAUAGUUUCGAGGAUUGGAUGUUGCAAGAUGCAUCAACGUGGAGUUCUAUUUGCGAGCAUGCUCAUAAGAUCAAGCCUUACAAUGACCCAUCGCUGUCGGAUAGAAGCAAAUACCUUUCUUUCCUUGCUCAUUUGAAUGAAUGUGGCAUCUUGAGUCACACCACAUCGUGUAGGGGCAGGGUUGGUGCUUUUUGUGUUACCAAAAAACCAAAAGAGGUCAAUGGGAAGUUUGUAGAAAGACAGAGGCUCAUACUGGACUGCAGGCAGGUCAACCUUGCUUUUAGAGAACCGCCCAAAUGUGAGCUCGGCAGUUUAGCUGCAUUGUGCGAGGUGGAGCUGAAGGAUGGUGAGAGACUUUUCUGCGGUGGGUCGGAUAUUCAGGACUGCUUUUAUGCUGCUAAGAUUUCCGCAGAGCUCUCCAAUUUCUUUUGUCUUUGCCAUGAUCUCUCUCCAGAUGAAGCACGUUUUGUUUGGGGUGAUGAUUUUCCUUUCCCUUCGAACCGCUCUUCGGUGUCUCCAUGUAUCAAUGUGCUACCUAUGGGUUUUAGCUGGAGUUUUUUCCUCAUCCAAAAGUUGCACGAGCAGUCUGCAUUGAGAUCUUUGGGGGUGGGUCGUGAUCGUCUUAUUUUGGAUGGCUAUCCAGCACCAGUUUUGAGCCGUGAUGAUGCAGUUGCAAUGCCUUAUUGCGACAAUGUGCACAGCUUGUCUCUGUCCAGGACUGCAGCUGAUGAUAGCCUUCAGCGAAUGGAGGACGAUUUAGAAGGGAUGGGUUUUUCGUUGCAUGAGCAGGUUUCAUCCACGGAUUUCUUUCAAACUUUGGGUGGAAUAGUAGAUGGUGGCACUGGUCAGAUUCGUGCUACUCCAACUAGGGCAUGGAACAUCCUACUUGGCUUUGAGGAGGCCUUGGUUAGCAAAGUUAACUGGCAGUUUAUGCAAAAGCUUUUGGGGAUCGAUGGCGCUUCAAGCAUUUGGAUCCUGCAGAAUGGCGCCCAAGGCAGCGCUAUGCAGGGUCGCGCCUCCGCACCGAAGCCGAAGCGUGUGCUGAGAGGGGAGAGACUGGCGAAGAGUUCCCCGGUCAAAGCUCGAUCCUUGCAGAACCCAGCUGUUGUGGAGAACAAGAAGGAGCCCUCUUUGAAAAGGACCCUGAAUGGCACCACAGCCAAGAACAUGCAACCAAUGAAGAGACGGAGGAGGAGCCUGCAGGCAGUGGAUGGGCUGACUCAAGAGGCCAACGACUUAGCAGCUCGCAGCGGACUCAGCCGACUGGAGAGAAGGUCGGUUUCAAAGGUGGUAGAGAAUCAGUACGCCAUCCAUUACGAGAGGUUCAGAGCCUUUUGCCGGGAUUCCGGAGUGGAACAACCAGCAGACUGUCAGUUGGACUCAUUGCUGACAGACUUUCUGGAUCACAUCUUUUUGGAAGGGCGUCAUGUAGCAGACGGAGAAAAAACUAUGGCAAGUGUAGAGUACCAUCACCACAAAGUGAGAGGAAACCUCCUUCGCACUCGAAGGGCUCUGAGAGGCUGGCGCAAGGAAGCGCCUCCCCAGAGUCGAGUUCCCAUGCCCAUGUUGCUGGCGUAUGGUCUUGCCAUGGCCUUAAUGAGUCGCAGCCAAAAAGAAAUGGCUGUGAAAGUCAUCCUGGACUUCGACGCAUAUAUGCGUCCGGGAGAGAGCAUCGACCUGAAGAACAAGCACUUGGUCAGGCCGGUGAAGGGAGAUGUGAUUUCAACCAUGAUGAAGGGCAAGGACAAGGAGGCGAAGAUCUUCAGUUUUUCCAUGGAGGAGUUUCGCAAACAGUUUGGAGAAGUGUCAAAGAUUCUAGGGAUUCCCGGUCUCCACCCUUACCAACUCAGACAUGGAGGGGCAGCUCACGACCUGGCCAGCAAAGCCAGGGACCACGCCCAGGUCAAGGCCAGGGGCAGAUGGAGCACAGACCAGAGUGUGAGGCGUUACACCAAGACUGGAAAGAUUCAGACUCUUCUAGGACAGUUGUCAAAAGGAAGUCUGGAGUACUGUCGUUGGUCUCAGCGAAAUCUGAAGUCAGUGAUGAGCGGCCGCAUGCAGCCAAAGCCCGAAGGCUUCAUCCAUGGCAGGUGCCAAAGCCAUCAGUUCGCAGGUGCCACUUUAGCUCCGGCCUACGCUCCCAGCAGCCUGGACACCUGGCGCAGUGAUGCUCGGACUGGGGCUGCGGAUGCAAACUCGCUGUGGGAUGAUUCCAACGAGAGAAUCUUCCGGCGCGUGCGGCUGCCCAGGCUGCUCAGGCACCUGCCCGUGGAGCCUUUGGCAGCUUUCCUGGCCAGAGAUUCCCAGUUGGGACGGGGGUCGGCAAGACACCCAGCCUCACCCAACUCCUCGCCGAAGGUGAUGGGUCCGUUUCAGGGCCCAGACCGAGUCGAAUUCUGUGGCAACGCUAAGGCCAAAGGCCAGUGCCAGCAACACUUCCGACACUUCCUCCAGCCCCUCGGCCAAUCCUACAAGGUGUCCUCUACGUCACGCAUGAUCUCGGGCCAAAGAGCUGUGGAGGUAUCAGAAGUGCCUGGCAGUCCUGUGAGGACUUUUCGCGUGGUGACGCAUAGCCCUGUCUUGCCCUCCAGGACUUUGGCGGCACCAGUGAGGCAAGAUGCCAGUCCGACGAAGUCCUUGCUGCAUUUACACGGUGUCAAUGGUGUCAAUGGAGGAGAGGCGUUCGCUGGUGCUGGCUGGGAGAAAUGUGAUGAAGGCGGUUCUCACCGAGCCGGUGUUCUGCGUCGCCUUUGCAGCAGCAGUUACGACGUGGUGAACCAACGGGAAAACUACCGUUCUUCAACCAAGGCUGCAAAGACCACGAGCUGUUUCUCUGGACUCUUCAAACAUCAAGAUCCAGUGAAAAAAGUGGACGUGCUACUUGUGGGAGGCGGCAUCAUGAGUGCCACCCUGGGGCUGCUUCUGAAGCAGCUGGAACCCACUUGGAAGAUUGUCAUCGUGGAGCGCUUGUCCGAAGUGGCACAGGAGAGCUCCAAUGGUUGGAACAACGCGGGCACCGGCCAUUCGGCCCUUUGUGAACCAAACUACACGCCGGAGGCUGGCAAAAGUGUAGAUAUCCACAAGGCCGUCACUGUGAACGAAAAUUUCCAGCUCAGCCGGCAAUACUGGGCCUACUUGGCACAGAAAGGCUUGGUGAACCCCGACAAGUUCAUCAGCACCACGCCUCACAUGACCUUUGCGCAUGGGGAGGAGCAGAUCGCAUGGCUCAAGAAGCGUUUCAAAGCCUUGCAGGAUCAUCCGCUCUUCCAGGGAAUGGAAUACACCGAAGACCCUGCGACGAUGAAACAGUGGGCUCCAUUGAUGAUGGAGGGCCGCAAUGGCGAAGAAAGGUGUGCCUUCACUCGUGUGCCCUAUGGCACUGACGUGGACUUCGGUGAACUGACCAAGGAGCUGACCAAAGCCUUUGUCUCCUUGGGCGGCGAUGUUCAGUUGAUGACCGAAGUGUUUGACUUUGCCAAGGAUGAGAGUGGUCUGUAUGAUGAGACUUGGAUCGUGAAGACCAGGAAGACCAAGGGCUUGAGCAGAAAACCCACGCAGUACCGUGCCCGCUUCGUCUUCAUCGGUGCUGGGGGAUAUGCUCUGCCCUUGUUGCAGAAGACGCGCAUCCCCGAGAUCCGGGGCUUCAUGGGCUUCCCGAUCAGCGGCGAAUUCCUGGUGUGCCAGAACCCUGAUGUGGUGGAAAGACAUAGCAGCAAGGUCUAUGGCAAGGCAGCCAUUGGUGCACCUCCCAUGUCAGUGCCGCAUUUGGAUGCCCGGAAGAUCGGCGGGAAGCCGGUGCUGCUCUUUGGGCCUUUCGCGGGCUUCAGCCCCAGAUUUUUGAAGAGUGGUUCGUUGAUGGAUAUCUUCAAAUCUCUGAGGCUGCACAACAUCGUGCCCGCUGCAGUCGCGGGGCUACGAAACUUGGAUCUCUCGUGGUAUCUCGUCGGACAGCUGCUGUCGACCAAGUCGCAGAAGCUCGACGAGCUGAGAAACUUCGUGCCGGAGGCUGAGGCAGAGGACUGGAGUUUGGUGACUGCCGGACAACGUGUGCAGAUCAUGAAGAAGGAUCCCAAGAAGACAGGCGUGCUGCAAUUUGGCACUGAGGUCAUCAGCUCCGACGGCCUGGCUGGGCUGCUGGGCGCCUCCCCGGGCGCCUCCACGGCGGUGCAGGUGAGCUUAGAUGUGUUGGCGAGCUGCUUUCGUGACGACAUGGAAAGGUGGUCGCCGCAGCUGCUGACGAUGAUUCCGAGCUUCGGCUGUCGUCUCAGCGAGACACCCGGCCUGGCCGAGACGCUGCGACGGCGCACGGCACAGGACCUGAUGCUCUUUGAAGGAACCCUGGUGCUGGUCGUGGGCGGUGCUUGCCUGCGAGUUUGGUCCAUGGCAGCCAAAGACCUCCAGAGUUGUUGCCCCUGCUGUGGAGCUCUCUCAAAGGAGCUUCGGUUGUGGGGCAGUAGCUUUAUCUUCAUGGGAGGUCUUGGCAUCUUUGCCCUGGUCAUUGGCACAGCUCUCAACACGGACUCACUUGGUUCCCUGGCGACCGAGUUGGUGAUGGUGACACUAGUUGGCAUGUUGAUCACCGGAUGGAGUUACAGGGACCGUGCUGUUGUGUCGUUUGUGGGGGAGGUGCUCUCCAACUUUGGAAACUGUCAACUCCGAUAA